UGACCCGACAUCACUGUGGCGGCCCCGUUAACAGGAAGUGACGUAAACGUCGGACUUCCUUCUCCGUCAGCCUCUUUUCGCUCCGGCUCGGCUAUUGGCAAGCCUGCAAAGAUGCAGAUCUUUGUGAAAACGUUAACUGGGAAAACCAUCACCCUUGAGGUGGAGCCAAGCGAUACUAUUGAAAAUGUCAAGGCAAAAAUUCAGGACAAGGAAGGCAUCCCACCUGAUCAGCAGCGUUUGAUCUUUGCCGGAAAACAGCUGGAAGAUGGACGCACUCUUUCAGACUACAAUAUUCAGAAAGAGUCCACUCUUCACCUGGUGCUGCGUCUGCGUGGAGGCAUCAUCGAGCCUUCCCUUAGGCAGCUGGCCCAGAAGUACAACUGCGACAAAAUGAUUUGCCGCAAGUGUUACGCGCGUCUUCAUCCCCGCGCUGUCAACUGCCGUAAGAAGAAGUGUGGGCACACCAACAACCUGCGUCCCAAGAAGAAGCUCAAGUAGACAGUGACCUUGCUGCUCUGCAUUUGUUCACUAGUUGGUAAAUAAAAAAAAUUUGAAAUAA